AUGAACAAUUCUAUUACUUCUUCUGUCGCCAAAGGAAACGAGUUUGAAGCCAAAGUUUUUUGGGUAUUUAAAAGUAUGAAUUUUGACUGUCAAAGAUCCAGAGAACUGGAAGCGCAUCGUGGCCACAGAGUAAGGUUAUUAGGGCCAAGUAAUCGGACUUGUGAACGUCCUUCUCUGUUUUAUUUUAUAUCCGAAAGCUUGAACGUUGGAACUCCGAUGUCGGAUGGUGAUGGCGGUGUGGAUAUUUGGGGAAAUUACAUGCAGUGUUUGAUCCUUGUUCAAUGUAAGAAUUAUUCGAAUAAAAAAGUUGAAGUUGGUGAAGUUCGCGACUUUGAGGGAGUUUUGUCGAGAUAUCCAAGGGACACAACAAUUGGGAUUUUCAUAACAUCUAUCAGAGAUGGUUAUUCUGGUCGUGCCGUAGAAAGAAUGCAAUCAUCAGAAUAUAACGAAUAUAUUUGA